UCGAUAGUUUGUUUCUGUAGAAGCAGCACUCUCUUCCACUGGUCUGUACAGGGGGUUUCUCCGGCAUUGUGGACGUGGCUUGCUUUCACCUGCAGGGCCUCUCAACGUCGAGACCCUGUGCUGGGUCCACCCAAUCCUUUGGCGGCCCGAGCAUGCGGUGGUACACCACGAAUUUGAGGAGAUGGAUCAUACAAGGAGUCCAAUCUUACCGUUGGAGGGCUGACUGCUUCGGGACCCCUGUUCCCCGCGUGCAAUGGUCUCGAUCAAUCCGAGCAUUGUGUUUCGUCAGCACAGGUGGCUGCAGCCUCCCACACCUGUAUAUCUCCAAUACUUGCAUCGGUGUCAAGCAGUGGCGUUCCUUAUGCUAUGCUGACUCGGGUGACAUCACCCAACAGGGCACUGAUAAUCAGCCCCCAACGAGGCCAUGUCGUCCUGAGCCUUGUCCUCGGGGCCGCGCCCGGGUCCGGGACACGCCAUGCCCCCAAAGACGCAUCUUGCGCAUACUGCCGCUAUGGGUGUGGGGAACGCCGGACGCCAAGAUGUUCGGAAGUCGACAAGGUGCCACGACUCGACACUAUACUCUCUUGCACUCCAAGCUUCAGCCUUAUGAGGCUGGGCAGAUAGCUGUGAAAGUCCCUACUCCACCUCUGUGCGACCCUGCUGUCGUCGCGUGUGGAGGCUCACCUAUGCCAGCCACACCGAGCCGUGAGCUCCCACAGAUGGCGUUGCCGGUGGGAUGCAGGGGUACUUGUUGCCGGCUUCGUCAUCCUGUUGCCUCUUCCGCGCAAGUCUUGUCUUUAUGUGCAGCGAGCGAUCUGUUGGAGAAUCGCGCAAAAACCGAGCUUAACAAAUGUGCAUUUUCUCCAUGCAUGCAUGCAUGACGCCGGAGAUGGCCGCCUCGGGAGUUUCCCAUGCCGGGCUAGGGAUGUGGUGUAGCCACGGACGCCACCGCAUUCAGCAUUGGAGGAAACAACGGGCCACUCUCCGGCCCUCUGGAACACGGCUACAUCCCUCCCGUUCGUCGAGCGGGUAACGUUCCACCCUUCCCUAGCCUCGAGGAACGACCUCGU